AUGGGCUCGCUCGCACCCACAGACCAGAGAAAAGUAGUGAUCAUCACUGGCGCGACUAGUGGCAUCGGGCGCGACCUCGCUCAUCGGCUACACGCCCGGGGAUAUAACGUUGCGAUCACUGGCCGACGCAUCAAAGAAGGCGAGGCCAUCGCCGCGGAGUUAGACGCCUCGGGCAAGACUGUCCUCUUCGCCGAGUGCCAUGUGGAGUCAUACGCAUCCCAACUUCAGCUUUUCAAGGCCGUCUGGGCUAAAUGGUCUCGCAUCGACGCGUUCAUAGCCAACGCCGGCAUGGUCGAUAGCGGAUCGCGCUAUAAUCUGGCAAGACGUGGCGCCAGUGUUAAUGAACCGCCGCCUGAACCCGAUGUCAGCUGUACCGACGUUGACUUCAAAGCUGUCGUGUACACCACUGAGCUGUUCGUGCACUACAUGCGGCAUAAUCCCCCGGGCGUGAAGGGCAAGAUCAUCGUCACAGGCAGCAUCAUAGCCAUCUAUCCAUGUCCCACAUUCCCCGAGUAUUCUGCUGUCAAAGCGGCUGCGCUGCAAUGGGUGAGAGUUAUGGCGCCGAUGCUGCUGAAGCACGAGGGUGUCACGAUUAACACCGUUCUGCCCAAUGCUUAUGACACUGGCAUUAUGCCUGAUUUCAAGGAGGCAUAUUUAGAUGAGCAUAUGACUCAGAAGGAAUGCCUUAUGUCUGCGUAUGAUGUCUUCCUAGAAGACGAAACCAACCUAAAGACAGGACAGGCUAUUGAGACUGCGUACGAGUCUCACUAUGGCCACGAAGUCCCAGCAUAUAAGAGCGGUAAUGUGAUUGAGAGGACAGAUAAGGUCUACGAGCCUUGGUUUCAGUAUCUGCACCAUGGCAGGAGUGGACUAGAUGGUGCGUAUCUAGAGCCGUUGAGAAAAUCGUCGUAG